UAUACCAAUAACAGCACUGUUUGAAUUAUCAACCAAAGAGCUAUGGGAUAUCAUGUGAUUAAUGGAUUUGGACUUCAUAACAAAGUGUCAUUUAUAACGGUGUGCAACUUGUAGUGACAUGUAUGAACCCCCCCCAUUUGAACAGCAUCACAAUGACGCCAACCAACGUUCUCAGUAAAUAUGAGUCAGCAAGCAACAGGUUUCUUCAUUCAAGGGGUGUCAAAAUUGUGCCACUGCAAGUUAUUUUUCCCCAGUCGGUGACUAAAGCAGGUGAUUUUAAUUAUCAGCACCUCCUUCAAUGUGAAGGAAGGAGCUCAUCAAUUCAAUUACCUGCUGGAGAAACCGGUUGGAGAGAAAACCUGCACUGUGUCUGCCCUCCAUUGACACAUGCAUUAUUCACCCUCAAGUAAGCUCACCCGCGCCCUCUGGUGGCCUCUUUUUUUAGCGGAUAUCCUCGCAGGCGGGCACUCGUUGGGUUUGCCUUGUUUUAUUUAGCUCGGUGCUUCACUGUCGGGGUUACAGCGAGAGUUUGCUGGAAGACUUGGAUUGUUUCUAAAAACGGAAUGGGAUAAAAAGUUUUAAAAGGCGAUGUAGUCACAUGUGGAGGACUGAGCGAAGCGUUGCUACAAAGGAAAGUGUUGUGAAGAGUUGAUCAAACUACAACAGGCGGAUUUCUUGGAUCAGUGAUCCACUUUCGAGGGUCACCCCCACUGCCACUUUGAUCUGGGCUGGGCAGGGAAGCAAAGCACCAGCAGGGCCCAUCAGCGGCCAGGUUUACAGCAGGAUGGGGAACCUUUCAAGCAAGGACAGCCAUGGGCUCACAGGUAACCACUUGGAGAGUUUCCACACUCCUCGUGCCUCCCCACAAAGUGACGUACCUGGACCUGUACCUGGUGUCCCUCAGCUCCUACCUCCCUCAUCAGCUAAAUAUCCCAUUUCAUCUUCACCUCCAGUAUCAGUGUUUACAUCAUCCAGCGUGAAGAGAUCACAGCCAAGUUCUGCCAUUCCUACACCUGAGUGGAGGCCUCCUCCUUCACGACUCAACUCAAACAGUUCCUCAACUGCUUCAGGAGCCAGUCCGGUGGCUACCAAGCCAGACUGUACAGUAGCAGCGAUAGGACACAUUACGGUGGCAAAGAACGGGGCUCCUUCUUCUUCUACCCCUCGGCCCGUACCUGUCAGCCCAUCAAAGAGUCCAUCGACUCCAUGUAGCUCCUCACCGGUUGUGUGCAGCUCUUCUGGGCCAAAAUGGAGAGAGAGAGAUAGCGGCCUGAGUCGGUCUCUGCUGGAGAGAGACCGUCCGGAGGCUGGAGACAUCCAGGCAAAGGAACUGGAGACAUUGCUAGAGGAAUGUCGGACAACACUGGGGAUCUCCGUCAGUCAGGAUGGGCCCACAAACAUCACAGAGAUGCUGAAAUGCCUCCAGGUUGAAGUGAAGAAUUUGAAGAGCACAAUGCAGACAGAGCGUACAGAAUGGCUACAAUUCCAGGCUGACCUUCAGGUAGCAGUAUCAGUAGCCGACCGUCUCAGAGCCGAGACCGAAGAGGAGCUGACGGCGCUCCGGACGGCUCAUAAAGAUGUGGAAAGAGAACUAGCCGCUGCCCAGCACCGACAGAAGGAGGCUGACAUGCAGCUUGUCUCUUUGAGAGGGGAGUUGGAGGAGAGCAGGCGGAGGCUGACUACUCUGAGUCAGACUACAGACAAAAUAAAUAUCCAAGAAGGAGAGAAGACAGAACCUCUGAAGAACUGUGAUGUCAACGAAGGGAGCCAGAGAGGCAGAGAGAGGGGGGUGUACCAGCUGGCGGGGAGCCCGAAUGAUGCCAUGAAGAAUGUUGCCAGAGAGGAGAGUACAGCUGUCACUAAAAGAUACCUUAGAAAUGUAACCAAUGAGGAAAGAAGAGUGGAGGAGGUGCGAUUCGGUGAGACACGAAAAACCGCACCUGCUGCGAGGUCAAGAAGUCUAUCGAGAUUACCAGCAUCCUCAGAUUCUGUCACAUUACAGAAUGGAACUUCCCAGCCUACCACUGUCACAGCUCAAUCUGCAAACAAGAAUUCGGGGUACCUUAGAGGACGUAGAAGUUUGGACCGACAAGACAGCAGGCCCAAUAUAGAUACAGGAAAAACUGAGGAGUCUUUAAACAAGUACAACUCAACUCUCACGGAGCUUCCACCAACCAGGUCUCAGGAUGGUUUCAAUCUGCUCCUGCGUCGCCAUGGAGGCUCGAAGAGGAACUCGCUGCUACGUUGGUGUCAGAGUCAAACACAAGGCUACAAAAAUAUUGACAUCACCAAUUUUAGCAGCAGCUGGGUAGAUGGCCUUGCAUUCUGUGCUGUUUAUCACACCUACCUAUCUUCACACAUCCCCUACAGCAGUCUCAGUCCAGAGAACAAGAGGGAGAAUCUCAACCUAGCAUUCAAGACAGGCGAGGCUGUUGGGAUUGCCCGAUCUUUGACUGUAGAGGAGAUGCUGCGAACAGGCGGCCCUGACUGGCAAAGGGUCCUGAGCUACGUGGAGAGCAUGUAUCGUCACUUUGAGAUGUAGUCUGCAGUCUCAAAGUAGGGAAACUACAGUAUACACUAUUAACAGUCUUAAGAUGAUGGCUCAGUUAGUGUUUGGACCACAGUUCAGCUAAUGUUUGUGAAGUGCAGCCUUUUGACCUUGAAGUGAAGCAAUAACCAUCAUAGAAUGUGAAUGGCUUGUGUCAAAAUGAUUGUGUAAAAUCCUAAAGUGGUAUAAUGGCGUAGAGUGUAUACUGUAUGCCGUUGUUUAUCCAAGCUGUUUCAUAACACUGGAAGAAAUAUUUCCACAUAUAAUACAAAUUGUGUGACAAUGUGUUUAUAUCUAUUGGAGUGAUGACCAUCAUUGUUUUGUGUGUGUAGAGCAGGUGUGGGCAAACUACGGCCCGGGGGCCACAUGCGGCCCACCAAGCGUUUGAAUCCGGCCUGCCAGUUGCUUUAUACGUAUUUCAACUUUUAACAUAAAAACUGGCAACAUGACUUGCAAGUCGGAUGUUUUAUUUAGUAAAAAACCUGUAAAAUUAAAUUACAUAGUUCGAUGUGGUCUGAUAUUUAAAGUGCUCCUGAAAAAAGGGACAUGAGGACAUACAGCUAAUAGAAUAACACUUUUACAGAUAAAAUUAGACAAAUAAUUCAAGGAAAAUUAUAAGCAUAAAAUUGUGUGUGUGUGUUAAAGAUAUGUUCUGCCCCCCCUGGACAAUUUUGUUAACUCAAUGCGGCCGACGAGUCAAAAUAUUUGCCCACCCCUGGUGUAAGAGGAUACAUUUAUGUCCAAAAACUAUGUAUACCCUGGAUAAAUUUCUGUUUGCUGAACCAGUUUCUUUCCAUUUAACAUUAAUAACAAAAACCCGAACUCAUAAUACACCCAUUUUUUAUUAUCUACAGUUAAUUGUUUAAUUGCUUACACUUUAAUGUGCUCUAAGUUAAAAUCCUGCAAAACAAAAUACAUUUGGAUUGUAUUUGUUGGUCAAAACAAACGCUGAGGGUCAUGAAUCACACUCGUAAUAAAAGGACUCAGAGCUCUGAUUUAUUCAAAAUGAAAGCCAACAGUGUAGAUAUUUUUUGUAGUAUAUUUGACAUGUGCUGUAAAUGUCUCUACACUGGUACUGAACUGAAGUACUGUAAUUCAUUAAGCUUUUACCGAACUUGCAUUUAUUUUUUGUUCUGCAUGUGUGUUUUUAUCAUUUAACGUAUGUACAGCUUAGCAAUCUCCUAAUAUGCACUUAUGCAAGCACUUUGUCUGUUAAGAAUGUAUUUUGAAUAUUGAUGAAUGGCUUUUUUUGGGUUGCAAGAGCAGUGAAUUUAAGGGUCCAGGUCUGCUUAGUCGUGAUCACAAUGUGAUUGUGGCUUCAUUGAAAGUUGACAAUGUUAAAUACUCCAGGCGGCUGCACAGGCUUGCUCAUCCAUUACAUUAACAGUGGCACAACAAAUGCCUUCCGUAGGCAUGCUUAAAAUGGACUUUGUACUCUUGAUUAUACAGUAGGUGCACGCCAAAUAUUUGACAAACAUUUCUUGUAACAUGUGUUAAUAUGUA